UUUCGGAUUCUUUGAGUUUUGCUAGCGACUGAACGAACAAGCAGUGCGCGAUUGGCGUUGCGUGAGGUACGUUUUGCGCUCGACGAGUUCACUUCGCAGUUGGAAUAAAAUGGUUGCUUCGCUGUCGCGUCUCCAAUGACUGUUUCUUGAAUAGCGCGGCUGUAGUCGUGCAUGUUUCCUGUUUAGUUGCUGGCCACUGCACGCGACAACAUGGAAGGCCGCACCUGAUGUUACGCUGCAGUUCUUGUUGAACACGAGCGGUACUUCUGUGAAAUUGAGGCAUGCAGCAGAGCUAUCAUGACUAUUAAAGUCUUCUUGGAGGCGACUCCACUGGUGGUGGAUUUGGAGUUUCCCGAAGGCAUAGAACCAGGUGGAUGUCUGACUGUCAUCUUAACGUCGCCGGGGCAGAAACUGGUCGGCGAAGAGAAAUCGGGAAUUCAGUUCAGCCACGUGAAUAAUGAAGUCAUACCAAUUGUUAGGACAGUCACUGUCGAAGAUGAUUUGGCUGCGUGCAUCCAGACGCUACAGAAGGUCAAAAUUGAGGCACCACCAUUGGCCAGCGGUAAACUUCCCUGCGUUGUCAGGCUGGCACCCAAGGUCUAUGCAGAGAAAGAGGCGGCCACAGAGCAGGAGCUGUCGUUUCCUCCCAUCGGCAAGGUGCUCGACUGUCUCCCAGGCAGCCCCACCAUGUUCCCUGCUGGGUCACCUGAUGAGUCUGAGGCUAGCUCCAUAGAAGAAGAUGACGAGCUUGACCUUCAGAUACCCCCUGGCUUUGGUGAGCACCAACGGAUGCAGCCAGAUCUUCCAGAUCUCCCAGUUGUGCUGAAGCCAAUACGUGAAGAGAGCCCCAUUGCAGAAGCAGUUGCCAGCCCCUCCGUCCCAAUGUGCAUGGUGUGCAACUACUCAGCCGACUCAGCGGAUGACCUCCGCUACCACGUGCGCCUGCACGCGGUACAAGGGGAGCUGUGCUGCAAGCUGUGCCAGCAGCAGUUCCGCACCUUGGUCGAUUUCAAGAAUCACUGUGACAGCCAUGCGCCCAAACCGGUUGAGCAGGUGCAGCCCCCACCUCGCCGGAGCCCUGCCCUGCUCUCGUGUGGCACCUGUGGGAAGCUAUUCCGCUCGCUGGCCUGGCUGGAGCGCCACAUGGAGCAACGGCACGGUGGUGAUGACAUGGACACCGCGGAGGGCGCCACUGGCUCGCUGGACAGGGGACCCCCAACGCUGCAGUGUUGUGCCUGCGCACGCACCUUCACUUCGGCGUCUGCGCUGCAGGCGCACGAGCGGUCGCACUUUGAAGGGCAGCCAGGCACUGUAGGGGAGCACGCCUGUGCCCUAUGUGACCGGUCCUUCACCAGCUACCGGGGCCUGCGCAUGCAUCAGCGCAAGCACACGCGCCGCCAGCAGACUGGCCGGGGAGGUGCGACCACUGAACCAGUGAUUGAGACGGUGACGGCAGCACCCUUUGUUGACAACAUGGCACCCGUGACUCCCAUGGGCGAAGUGGCUAUCUUCUCGGAUGCGGUGAUGGCGCCUCUGCAGUCCGUUGGUGACGAGGGUGGUGACAGCAGCAAUGAAGCAGCAACCAUUACCACUGAAGUCGAAAUGGCAACUGAGGAGAGCGGUAACAACAAGGCUAUGCAGCAUGCAUGCCCGCUGUGUGGCAAGCUGUUUGGGCGUGCCCUCAAGCGGGACCACCACGUGGUACGCAAGCACACCAAGGCGUACCCGCUACACUGCACCAUGUGCCGCCGCGGGUUCAUGUUCCGCAAGAACCUCGACCGCCACUUCCAGGAUGCACACAGCAGUCACUUCAUGGUCACAACAGCUCCAGUUCCAUCCACAAGCAUGCAGCCUGAAACUGCAUGUGGCAUGAGGCAGCCACACUUCAAGUGCAACUACUGUGCCUACACUGGGGCUGCCCUGGGGGACAUCCAGGGGCACCUGUCCUCCCACCCGGAGAUUCGCUUUUACGCUUGCGUCCGCUGCGACAAGGAGUUCUCCAGUGAGGUCCGGUACCAGCGGCACAUGGAGCGGCGCCAGUGUCGGCAGCGGCCACAAUGUGAGCAGUGUGGCAAGUGUCUGAGCAGCCAGACGGCGCUGCGCAACCAUCGCCUUUGCCACGGCCAGGAUCGCGGAUUCGCCUGCGACCAGUGCGGCGAGAGCUUCAAGACCAGCACCACACUCAAGUACCACCAGCAGGCCAAGCACGGUGCCAACAAGGCGUUCAAGUGCGAGCACUGCUCCAAGGGCUUCAACUUCCUGGCGCAGAAGAAGCGCCACGUGAGCCGUGUCCAUCUGCGCCAGACCAACCACGCAUGCAGUAUGUGCCCCAUGCGCUUCAUGACCCGGCGCGAGCUCAUGCUGCACCUGCUCUGCGGACACAAGUUCCAGCCAGAAAUGUCUGACAAAGGCGGUGCCCUGAUGCCUGAUGGAUCCAGUGCCCCGAGCCUGAAGCUGUUCCGGUGCGAGCACUGCGACUAUGUGUCGUAUAGCCGCAAGGGCUACCUGCGCCACCUGGUGGACCACACCGGCGUUUGGCCCUUUGCCUGCGACCUCUGCAGCAAGGGCUUCAUCGAGCGAAACCAGGCCGAGCGGCACAUCCGCACGGCACACACCAGCGAGAGCUACCCGUGCCCCCAUUGCCCGCGCAUCUUCGUGCUCCCAUCGAGCUUCCAGGAUCACCUGCAGGCACACGAGGAGCAGCGGGGCAGCACGUGCUCACAGUGCGCCAAGUACUUCGAGACACAGGGAUUGUACGACCUGCACCUGCAGGCUCACUCCCGGGACCUGCACUACCGGUGCCACACGUGCGGUCGGGGCUUCAACAAGAUUGCCUCGCUCAACUUCCACGCCAUCGCCCACAAGCACGAGAAGGCCGGCCCCAGCACGUGGAGCCACGCGUGCGAGGUGUGCAAGAAGCGCUUCAAGUACCCCGGCAGUCUCGCUGCCCACCGCUAUCGCCACUCGCAGGACACUGUUUUCAAGUGCGACCUGUGCCAGGUCACGCUCCACUCCGAGGGAGUCUUUGAGGCACACAUGCGCCGACACAGAGGCGAGAAGCCAUUCAAGUGCGCCUACUGCGACAAGGCAUUCACGCUGGCCAUGUCGCGGCGGCACCACAUCACGCGCUUCCACACGGGCGACUACCGUAUCUUCUGUCCGCUGUGUAGCAAGGGCGUCGUCUCCAACAAGAUGCUUCGCCGCCACCUGUUCCAUGUCCACAGCACUGUGCUGGGCAAGCGCAAGGCGGUGCCCCUCCUGGAGGAAGGAGGCACCUUGGAAGUGGCCGCAGUGGACGACACUGCAGCAGCAGUGCUGGACACCACAGUUGAGGAAGAAGACGGCGUUGUCGAGCUCCACCACCACCCGGGAGAAGCAGACGACGCACUCAGCAUGGCAGACGAUGGCACGCUGACCGUCACACUGCAAGCGGACGCGCUGCUGCUCGGUGCGGUCGAAUCAGUCCAAGGGGUGGAGACUGUUGUGGAGACGGUCCAGUUUCAGUGAUGUAAAUAACUCGACCACUACCACCAUCUGUUGUGUAGUUGCAUCCUUCUACAGUACGAUGUGUUUCAAACAGGAAAUGAAGCUGUUCAACACAA